AAAAAUCCACAAAUGCCAGUACAAAAGUCAAAACGUUCUUCUUUACAUAAAGUUGACGAAAGCAACACAAGACAGCCGAGAAUCAAAAAGAGAAAAGAAAAAGGUAGGAAGAAAGUCAAGCCAUCUCGGAAGACAAAGAGAAAGAAGACCAGCGAGGCACCAACAAGAAGAGAGACUCAUGCCACCAAUGAUUCUGCUGAUAAAAUUCACGAAGAGAAGCCCUCACCUUGAUUUGGAAGCCCUGAACCGAAGAAAAUCCGCAAGAAGUCUUCAUCAAGAGAAAGGAAGAGACUUGAAAAUCUGAAACAAUUGGAGGUAAUCAGGAAUUAUAUUAAACCGAAUCAGAAGAAAUCUAGUAAGCCAACACCUAGUUCGAAAGCAGAGCCUCGUCCUGAAGCAGGGUCUCGUUCUGAAGCAACACCUCGUCUUGAAGCAGCUACUGGUCCUGAAGCAACUCCUGUUCCUGAAGCAGCCUUUAAGUCAUCUUCUGAAGAUACUAGUAAAGAAAGUGCUGAUAGGGAAGAGUCCAAGAAAGAUGUUAAAGAUAAGCCAACUACCAAAGAAAACCUUGAUGACUUGGUGAAAUCUGAAGAUCAAGUGAAAACUGAAGAUCCGAAACAACCAUUUGACCUCAAACUUUCUGACUAUGAUGAGUCCCAAAACAAGGCAGAUGCAUUUAUUUUAAAGAUGAAUGGAAUUCUUGAUGAACUUCAAGAGACUCGUGAAGACACCGAUGACUGCGCGACCAUAGCAAGCGAUCUUGAAGAAUCAGAAGCCUUACAGACCUCUAGACUCAUUGAUGAAAUUAUGGAAAUUAAACUUGCUUCUGACAUAUUUGCAAAGAAAGGUGAGAGGAAGGACUUCUUUAAAUAUCUUGGUGAAAAGUUGGCCCUUUCAAAUGGCAAAAUCAUUAAGACUAGCAGAGAUCUCGAAGAAAACUCCAAUGCCUCCUUCUGUAUAAUCAGAGAGAAGGACUACAGAGUCAGAGUAUUUCUCCACAAGAAGGCUACAGAAGAUGUUAAGAUUAGUUUCACUAUAGAUAAGAGAGGGCUUUCUUAAUUUCUUCACGAAUGUAAUAAUUGAAUAAACAAUCCAGUCAAUA